AUGAGCACUGAAUGGUCGGCGAAGUGGUGGUUUUCGAGGACUAUAUUGCAGAUGGUCAAGCAACCAGCCGCUGGGACGGAAGCGGUCGAGUCACCGAUCUCGAGAAAUGCGUACAAUUUCGUCGUGGAGGCCUCAUCGUUCGAAAAAGGUCUGGGCAACAUCAAGAGAUGGUGUCUUGAGUGUCCGAAAACGACUACGUUGAGACUUUAUAUUCCAACUUUUACCUUGAAUGAGCUAGACUUCUUGAGAUACAAGCGUAAAAGUUUUGUGGCUCGUGAGUCUUUGAAAUUCAUCGACAACAUACAUGAUCAUCCAGGUGCAAACCUUGAGCUUAUUAUCGAGUUCCCAGAUAUCCCAGAUAUCCUUGCAUGGUCGGAAGUGUUGGCGUUUGUCGGAGACAAUCCCAAGGACCUGGAGACUUUGAAUAAGCUACCGAAGAGACUGAAGGAUUUGGUCAAGAGUUGUCUUUACAAGUGUCAAUUCGACGACGGGGCCGAUGGCUUGAAGUGGAUUUUGAUCACUGAGGACCCGCAAGUGAGAAAUCUGGCGAAUAUCUGCAGAAUUCCGUGGUGUUCCUUGGUCGAUGCUGAUUCAGCUCUGACCAAAGAGAUGAACGCAAAGCAGUACAAACAGAGCAAGAAAUUUAACGAUGUCAUUGUGAAGAGCGGAAUUACGGAAGAGACCACCAAACAGGGCCAACGUGUAGUGAAGACCAAUUUUGAGAAAACUCUCUAUGCACCCAGGGGUCGUGGUGAACUGUGGUCACCAUGA